AUUGACAGUACCUGCAGGUGGUUGGCUGUUUAGAUGUCAUCCUACUUGCAGACCACUGCAAAAUGGUUCCAUACUUAGCUACUAGUGAAAUCUAGUGAAAUGUCAAAACGUUUGAUACCCGUCUGUAUAACUUUCAAUUUGAUGCAGAGGAUGUAGACAACCAUGUUAUUAAUCACAGUAGAUCAUGACAAUGAUGGUAUGCAAGUACAUUAAAUAGCUUUAUUGCACAACUCUUCAGUGAUGUUGUUAGCCUAAAUUGUUAUUAUUAUUUAUUUUUUGGACCUUUUAUUAAAACAGUAUCCCCCACAUAAAGCAUGUCUGUGUACAACCAUACUACUGCAAUAUACCUCAGGUUUGAGCAUGUUAUGAGAUUUUUUUUUCUCCCCCCGAUCAUACCACGCUCAAAGUCGCUUAGGUCACUCGUUUUGCCCAUUCUAACAUUCAAUCAAACACUAACUGAAUGCCUUGACACCUGUCUACCUGUUUUAUUAUAGCAAGCCAUGGCCACGUCACUCACUGCCCUGUGGGAGCGAAGCAUUUCUGUGAACAGGAUGGUGUACCUCAUCAACUUAAAUCAUAUUUCUUGAGUUCCCCUGCUUUUAUCUUGUGGUUAUGUAGGUGUCAGGCUGCCAACUGAGGUUUUGAGAACUUGCAGAGACACUGCGUGGUCACACACAUGUAGGUCGAUCAAACGGACAAAAACUUUACUUCGUCCUUGUUGAUCAGACGUACUGUAAUCGCUGAGGUUCACAACUUCACUUCUUCGAACUUGGCUUGGAAAAGUCCCAAGAGUAUUUUGUAAAACUUUAAUACUCCGUUAUUCUGGAGAAAAUGGAUGGUACAAAUUAUAGUGAGUCAACAAAUGGCAUUACAGAGGACUAUGGUGAGAUGGAAUAUGUGGAGCCAUGUCAAAUGACAAAAAACAACCGUGUGCAGAGAGUGGUGCGACUUUACAUCCACUCUAUCAUCUGUAUCCUGGGUUUACUGGGCAACAUCCUGGUGAUCGUCACCUACGCCUUCUACAAGAAGGCUAAGUCCAUGACGGACGUCUACCUUCUGAACGUGGCCAUAGCCGACAUGCUGUUUGUGGCGGCUCUGCCCCUGAUCAUCUACAAUGAGCAGAGUGACUGGGCCAUGGGGAUGGUGGCCUGUAAGAUUCUCAGAGGGGCCUACAGCGUCAACCUGUACAGUGGUAUGCUGCUUUUAGCCUGUAUUAGCACCGACCGGUACAUCGCUAUUGUCCAGGCCCGCCGCUCCUUCAGGCUCCGCUCCUUCACUCUCCUCUACAGCCGCAUCAUCUGUGCAACAGUCUGGAGCCUGGCCCUGCUCCUCUCUGUCCCCACCUUUGUCUACUACGAGCGUUAUGUGCCUGCACACAGCUUCUACAAUGUAAGUGAGAAUGGAUUUUCUGAUUACAGCAAUGCUAUGACACCCGUUGGUCUGAAGAACCCUAUAUCCUCAGAGUCAGUGGAGGACUCUGUGGUUUGCAACUUCAGGUUCCCGGACAACUCCACAGCCCGCCAGAUGAAGGUCCUGGUCCCCAGCACCCAGAUGGCGGUGGGCUUCUUCUUGCCUCUGUUGGUCAUGGGCUUCUGCUACGCCAGCGUCAUCUUCACCUUGCUGCGCGUCAAGAACUUCCAGAGACAUAAGGCGGUGCACGUGGUGCUGGCCGUUGUGGGGGUGUUCAUUGCUUGUCAUCUACCCUAUAACGCCGCCCUGCUCUACGACACGGUCCAUAUGUUCAAGCCCCAGUGGUGCGGGGUGAUGGACAACACCCAAGUGGCCAAGACGGUGACGGAGACAGUGGCCUACCUGCACUGCUGCCUUAACCCAGUGUUGUAUGCCUUCAUCGGGGUGAGGUUCAGGAACCACUUUAAGAAGAUUGUGGAGGAUGUGUGGCGCGUGGGGAAGAGGGUCAUGAACGUCCGACGCUUCUCCAGGGUCAUGUCCGAGAUCUACGUCUCCACCACCCGCAGGACUGUGGACGGGUCCUCUACCGACAACGCAUCCUCUUGCACCAUGUGAGGAGGAGACCCUGUGUUGGAGACUGCUGUUGCUUAGAACCCUAGCAAAGUCUGUGUUUCAUUUACCCGUGUCUAGUGAAAGUCUACACAUUCCUUGCACAAUCUUCACAAUUUUCUGCCUUCAAAUUAAAUCUGGGAAAGGGAUUAGAUAAGCUUUUUUCCUACUUAUCUACACAACCCAUUCCACAAUUUCAAAGAAAUUUUAGAACAUAAUUUUUUUUAAGACCCCAGAGGUAAUACUUGGUGAAAUCACAUUUGGCAGCCAUUACAGCUGUGAAUAAUUUUGAAUAAGAUUCUACCAACUUUGCACAACUCUAAGUGGAAAAACUCCGAAGUGGGCAAGCGGAGCAAGCAGAGCGAGGUGGGUGGAAAGGACGGGACAGGCAGAGCACGGACUAUAUGCCAGCAGGAUAGCACAUAUCUCCAAUCAUCUUUGCUGAUAGCAAUUUUGUGUUUCCAUAAAUGGAUAAAUUUGUAUAAUUUAGCAUUUAGAGUUAAAGCCUCAACCCUUAGUUACCUCUUCCAAUUUCAA